UAACUAUGCAAGCCGUGUCAAUGUUUCUUUCAAUUUUGUAAGGUGAUUUCAUUAAGAUGUGGUGUUGGAGAGUUCGUGAUAACAAUUUCUGUCGAAACCUAUCUAUCUAUCUUGUCAUUACUUGGUGGAAGAAAUGAAUUAUGCAAGGUUAGGACAGGUAUAAAUUAUGUACAAAAUACGCGGUACCAGAAUGGGAAAGAACACCAAAAAAAAAUCCUCAUCAUCAUAUACUCAGUUGACAAGUGUCCUUUACCUAGAAACAGGCUGUCAUACAAAAUACAAUCAAACAAACGAAAUAUCUUCCUUCGCAUAUAUAUAAAAAAACAAAUGGAAAGAUCUAUUAUUGUUAUUAUUAUUAUUAUUAUUAUUAUUAUUAUUAUUAGUUUUAUUUUUAUCGUUAUACCAACCAGUGGAACCAGGGAUACAUAUGCUGGAUCGUUGGUUUGCGGUGGACAACAUUCCAAUAUAGUGACAGAGAAAGGUUACAAUUUGGGGUUUCAGUAAGGAUAUCUCUAUUUGGAUUUACGGUUGACAUAAUCAUACUAAUCAUUGAUUAAUAUAAGUUCUUGUGACAAGAGACUCGGGAUCUAUAAGUGGUAACAAUUUUUUAUGGUAUUGUUAUUGAAGGGUAGUAACUUAAAUCUUACAGGGAAAAGAGGAUUGCUAGUGACAUAUUAAUGAUGGUGUAAGAGAGUGUUCCAUUGAGAGAUAUAGCAUUCGAGAGUAAAAUAUUGAAAUAAGAAGUGACUUUAGUUCAAUGCUUUAGAUACCGGAUCAGAUCGGCCAUUGGGAUCGGAGACCAUAUCCCAAAUCGAACACAUAUUAGUGGUAUAUGAUGAUUUAAUCACAAAAUAUCAUAUUAAUGAUUUUUUCGAUGCGAUUUUACAACUCUUGCUUUAGUCACGGAAUGGUCAUAUAUUUGUCUAGUGAGCUCAUUUGGUACCUGAAAUUCAUGGAAUGGUCUUAUAUUUCUAUGAAACUCGUUUGGACUUAUGUUCAUUUAUAGGUGAGCAGAGAGUUACAGAUACUCAGACGCUUGUCAUAGCAGAAAAUAUUAGAAGGCUAAGUGUCUAAGAGAUCAAACUUCUAAUUGUUGUAAUAUUCUAGAUUACACACACAAGAUUCAUAGCAGAGAAGAAAUAUACUACACAAUAAAGCAAUACAAUGACUUAACAUACAUAGGAGUGUCGAAACAGACAAGUACUCAAUAAAUUUUUUGUAAGCGAAGUUAUGAGAUAAAUCGAGAAUAUGGAGAAAGUUAUAAAUUAAUAUAAAAACAAUUUUUUUAAGAACCCAAAGUUAACUAUUGAGAUGUUUACCCAACUCAAACAAGAAAAAGGACCAAAUAUGCGUAUGUCCAAUAUGAAUGCACAUUGCACACCAACUUGAUCACUAAAAGUUGUUGUUAUAUAACGUGACACCUCAUAUAUAUAGUUAGCUGAUGCUUCCAUGAAUCACUAGCGUCGUGUAGUGAUUAUAUUAGAGAGGAAUCAUUAGAGCUGCUUAAUUAAUUAUUUGAUUACAAGGGAAAAGCUUUCUUUUCCCUAGUUUGAUUCGGAGGUUUUUUGAACUGAACUCGUGAGCUGGAUCGUUUUGAGCUCAUGAGAUGUGUCAGCAUUGUGGCUAAUGAGCCAACUUGUUAUUGUCGACUUAUGAGCAAAUUGAUCUUAUAUCGUAUAAUUGAUUUGUUGAUUAUUAUAGGUUUAUUGGUUUAUAUAUCUCGACCUAUAUAAUGUUUGAAACUUUGAAUAUGUAAGCAAUUAUGUCUCAUAUUUAUUAUAAUUUAAAAGAGAAAUCUUGCAUCAUAUAUUGCUUAGGCACUAAUUAUUAACGUGAGCAAAUUUGAUACCGACAAAGUAUAUAAACGAGGCAAGCACGAGCUCGACUUGUUUAUUAGCGAACCAAACUAGACAAAACUCGAGUCUACUCAUUUGCGGUCUAUUCGGGAAGCCAACCAAGUCCACUCUAUUCUCCACGACAUAUCUUUUUUUUUUACCCUGACAUUUCCUUCCACACAUUAGUUGAUGGUUAUUAAUUAGUACAAGUUGCUUGCCAUACCGACAAUUUUAUUAUCACACCUAAAAGAAUCACGAUAACUUUAUUGUAUCAGUUAAUGAUGCUGGAUAAAAAGAUUGAUUAAUGAUCAUCAAAUAUUUUAACUAAUAGUGUAAAGAGUUAUGAGUUUAGGAGCGCGAUUAUAGCACACACACCUAGUUACUUCUGGGUUAAAUUCUGUAAUGUUUUAUUAUAAACAAUAUUUAUAUUUUUUUUUAUCUAAUUCUGAAAUUCUUAGCAUGUUUGUUUGUUUGUUUGCUUGCUUCAAGAAGCAACAAAAAGCUGUUGGAUGACAUUUCUUUGCUGUCCUUUUUCAGUUUGGUGUUCAGUGAAAUAUUCCUUUCCAGUUUUUAUAAUCUUAAAUAUCUUAACAAAGAGGUCAAUAAUCCUUUUCUUUCUCUCUAAUGACAGAAAACACGAUUAGCUUUUGUGCUGGGCCUGGGACCAGAGGCUUUCUCGAAGAGCAUAUGUUUGGUUUCUUAGCGCAUGAUUGUUGACUGUUGUAACGUUAGGUUGGUUGGUGACUUUGGAUCCGCACUAUGUUUUCAGGAAUAUAACGUUUUCUAAUAUAACAAUUCGUUGGUACGAUACGAGUGUAAUGGUACGAUACGAGUGUAAUGUAUCAAGGAAUCUCAUAAUACACAAUACGUAUUGUUGAAUGUUGUGACCUACAAACAAUCCAUCAAAUUAUACAAGACUCGAGAUCAUACUUUUUUUUUGUAGAAAAACAGCCAGUAGAAGUAAUCGAGAUGCCCUCUGUUUAUGUUUUUGGCAAACCAACUAUCUCCACCACCAUCUGAACCUAUGGAGUUUGGAUUUUACGUAGAAAACUUUCGUGUCCAGAAUAAAUGUCUACGUGUCCUUGUUUGCGAAGUAGAAGCAGAAAGGUAUUAUAACUUUCAAGCACCUAAAGUUAUACUAGUUUACCAAUUAAGUCUCUAAACUUUAGGAUGUUAGCUGUGAAAUCCUUUGUACUGAAUUCUGGCCCAACGCAUUAUUGGGCCUAAAGAAGUGAUCUCUAGAGGCCCAAAAGGCAAAUACGGCUCCACGGCCGACCGUGAGAAGAAAUCAAAGGACAGGAACCCGAUCGAACUAACCAGAGAAAAGGAACGGGACGAAGAAGAAGGAGAAGAAGAAGAAGAAACAGGACGAAUACGAACGGAAGUCGGAAGAAAUCCGUACAGAGUAGCGCAGUAAGCAAUCGAAUAUGGCGGAAUCCGUCGACGUGAACGCGAAAUGGGACGCUUGUAUCGAUCUGACCGUUCGCCGCUUCGUUUACUCGUCCAUGGCUGGUGCCUUCGGCGGUCUCCUCUUUUUCAGGACACCGGUGACUCGCUGGGCUGCUGUAGCGUUUGGUGCAGGAGUGGGCACUGGAGCCGCAUACACUGAGUGCUCUCGUAUUUUUGAAGGGUCUCCUGCAACAUCACCACCAGCUCAUAAAGUGGUGAGUGCUCCAGCAGCUCCCAAGGUGGACGUUCCUCCGACUCCAACUGCCCAGGUGAGAUGGAGUGAUUUUUCGUUUGUUAGAUAUGUUUUGACAUGAUGUCUGGCUACUCUUACACAUAUAUUCAGGAAGUUCAAUAGGAUUACCUGCUAGAUGAAACUGUAUCAGUUGCUUUCUCAUUCACUAGAAUUAAGUUGGCUACCAAAAACCGUUAUUUUGAUACACUUAUGUAGACCGAAAUCAGUUUUCUCAGUUAGUUCAUCCUCAGGGUAACUCAUAGUGCUUGAGUUAGUAGAGAAUAACAAAGAGGAAAACUGAUAAGUUCUCAGUACAUUCUCAGGGUAACUCAAAGUGCCUAAGUUCGUAGAGAAAAAGCAAAGAGGAACAACUGAAUCAUUGAACUUAUUAUUUAUGCAUGAUGAGGCAAAGCGUUGGGUCCUUAUGUGUAGCAAAAAGGAGUAUUGCCACAUCGAUAGUCUGGAAGAUUGUCCUGAUUCUGAUCCCUAGUCGUGGUAGGGACCUCAGACUAGAGGAUGUUACUGUUAGCUGGUUAUGUAUUCUUCUUUUUUGAGCUCUAUUAACCUAUAUCAUCCGGCUUUGUAGCUCAGAUAUCCUAUUAUAGGGUUGCAAUGGCGUGAAGAGCCUUUAUGAUUGAUAACAUACUGAUACAUAGCUGAUCAAGUUGACUUCUGCGCUGUUUUAUUGAGUUGUAGACUCUUUGAUCUACUUAGUGAUGCCCCUUAGUUAAGUUGGCCAAGUGGCAAAGGCAACAAAGAGCUGUUGCUGUUUAUUAAGAACAGUGUGAUGCCAAUAACCAACUAUGAAAGAUCCAGCAUUCUAUUAUACCGAGUUCUGAUAUUAUACUCAUAUACCUUUUUCCUGCUCUCCAUAGCUUUUUAGUUGUUACCUUAGAAGUUACCGUCUGUUGAAUAAGGUCUACUGCAACUUGCCUUGAUAAGAUAGUAUUAGGAAAGCCAAAGCGAGUUGGAAUUUCCAUAUCAAACUUACUCUCGUUGUAUCUUUGCUUUCUACCACUAAGCUCCCACCUAUUUAGAACAUGUGACUGCCGGAUGAUAGCCCUGGUAUUUCAUUAUCAACUGAAGCUGCUCACCCUGCCUUUUCUCUUCCUAUACACGGGUGCUUCGACUCAAAGUUUGUUCAGCUGAUGAAUCUAAUGUCGUUUUUGUCUCUGUUUUGUUGGACCUACUCUUUGCAGGAUCCACAGGACUGAAACCUUGACUGAGAGACAGAGAGAGACUUAUGGAUAUAAUACAAUGAUGAUGAUCAUCGGAAGACCCUGAUGUGGGAUUUUUUUUUUUUACUUUUGUGGAAAUUUUAAGGAUUAAGAACGUUGUUACUCCAGCUGCUUGUGCUGCUGCUCAGUACCAAAUGUUGCUCCGUUCCUCUUGGUUGAUCACUGUAACAAUUUAGGCUGACAUUUUUACUGCAGAGUUUUGUAAUUGGCCUUUGACAGUAAAGUCCUCUUUUUGUCCCGUGGAUUCGAUUCGGGCACCAUGGAAGUUCCAUUUCUUGCAUGGUUGAUAUCUAACAAUAUCUUUCUGCCAAUAAAAACAAUGGAUAGAU